AUGGCAUCAUCGGAGGGAGUCUUCCCAGCGAACGAUUGGGACAAUUUCAAUGAGAGUUCUAUCGCAAUUAAUAGGUAUGACAGUAAGUAUGGAUGCCAUAAGGACGAAAUUACUGGCCGUUUCGUUAGGAAUAAUUCUGAAGCUUCGAGCAAUGCACAAAAAUUUGGCGAAGACAGAGGUCCUUAUAUAGUUGAAAAAAAGGAAAACGUGAACAAAAAUAGACGUCCAGAAGCUGGUCAUUAUUUGAAUUAUUUGCUCAAAGAAGAUUUCGUUAUGAAUGGACCCGGCGAAAACAUUAGUGUGGUGAAAUCGUUUGAAGAAAUGAACUUAAAUUCAAGACUCAUGCAAAACAUUCAGCAGAAGAAUUACUACGAACCCUUACCGAUACAGAGAGCAACAUUUUCUUUAAUUCAAGCCGGUUUCGACGUAAUUGGACAUGCAAUAACAGGAAGUGGGAAAACGGCAGCAUUUUUAAUACCAGUAAUAAAUUAUAUUUCAACUCAAAAAAGUAGAACUGAGUAUGGUUGGAAUACGUAUCCUUAUUGCAUCGUCGUUUCACCAACUAAAGAGCUUGCUGAACAAUUGUAUGAAGACACGCUAGCAUUUUCUGUUGGUUUAAAUUGCGUCACUGUAGUGAGUUUUGGUGAGAUACCUCGUAAAGACAGCAUUGCGCGCAUCAAAGAAGGGUGUGAUAUAUUCAUUUGUACUGUUGGACGACUCUGUGAUUAUCUUCAGAAUAAGAUUUUAGAUUUGCGCUGUUUACAUUUUUUGGUCUUUGAUGAAGCAGACAAGCUGUUACAAAUGGAGGGGUUUUAUCAUGAUUUGAUUGAAAAUCUUUUACCAAAGUGUCAUGAGAUUCCAAACCUCCGAAAAAUGUUAUUCAGUGCCACAGACUAUAACGAUCUUGCUGAAUUAAAAGGUGAAUGUUUGAUGCCGAAUGCUACAAAAGUUGUUGUUGGUACUCUGAACAGUGUAAACCCAUUUAUCGAACAGCGAGUUUUAAAGGUUGAGGUUCAUGAAAAGCGCGAUGCAUUGUUGAAUUUAAUGCAAGAAAUAUACUUAAAGAGGGAUGAUAAUUCACCACCAAAAAUAAUUAUUUUUGUUAAUACAAAACGUUUUGCAUCAGUUAUUGCAUGUUAUCUGUCGUUGAAGGGAUAUAAAGCUUAUCCAAUUCAUGCAAAUCUUACUGCAAAGUUACGAAGAGAAGCGAUUGAAGCCCUGCAAAGCUCCGAUUGCCACAUACUGGUAUCCACUGAUGUGGCUGCGCGAGGUUUGGAUAUCAAGGGCAUUUCACAUAUAAUAAAUUAUGAAAUACCCAGACCUGAAAGUUUUUUGUCAUAUGUUCACCGCGUUGGACGUACAGGACGCGUUGGAAAUGUUGGUCGUGCAACCACAUUUUUUGCUCAAUCCGUGGAUCACGGCAUGGCUUUAGAACUUUACAGAUGGCUUAAAAUGAAUAAACAAGAAAUACCUGUUUUCCUGCUUGAAGAAGUCGAGCGACAAAUUAGUAUCGAAGAUUUGCAGAGGAAAACGAGGGAAAAAUAUGAGAAAGCAUUGUAUGAGAGUUAUGUAGAAAGCAGCGAUGGAGAAAUUUGA